AUGGACAAACACAAUCUAACAACGUUGAAAGAAUUAAUCCUAAUGGGAAUCACAGACGUCCCUGAACUGCAGGCUCCAUUAUUUGUGCUUUUCCUCAUUGUGUACAUGAUCUCAGUGGUUGGUAACUUGGGCUUGAUUAUCCUCACCAAUAUAGAUGCACACUUGCACAUACCCAUGUACUUUUUCCUCAGACACUUGUCUUUCACAGAUCUUGGUUAUUCAACAGCCGUGGGGCCCAAAAUGUUAUUAGAUUUUGUUGCCGAGCGACCUACAAUCUCCUACUCUUGGUGUGCUACCCAACUCACCUUCUUCAGUGUGUUCAUUAUUAGUGAACUUUUCAUUCUGUCAACAAUGGCCUAUGACCGCUAUGUGGCCAUCUGUAACCCCUUGCUCUACACAGUCAUCAUGUCACAAGCAUUGUGUCAUGUGCUGGUGGCAAUCACUUAUCUCUACAGUGUCUUUUUAUCUUUGCUGACCAUCAUAAAAAUUUUCACUUCCCCAUUUUGUGGACAAAAUGUCAUCAGGCAUUUUUACUGUGAUAGUCUGCCUUUGAUAUCUUUGCUGUGCUCAGACACACAUGAAAUUAGGCUGAUCAUUCUAAUAUUUUCAACUUUCAAUUUGGUUUCAUCUCUUCUGAUAAUCCUUGUCUCCUACAUUCUGAUCUUUGUCACCAUCCUCAGGAUGAACUCUGCAGAAAGCAAGUACAAGGCCUUCUCCACCUGUGGGUCUCACCUGACAGCUGUAAUGGUAUUCUAUGGGACUCUGUUCUUUAUGUAUGUGCAACCUAAGUCCAGCCAUUCCUUUGACACUGAUAAAGUGGCCUCUGUAUUUUACACUCUGGGGAUACCCAUGCUAAAUCCCAUGAUCUAUAGUUUCAGGAAUAAAGAAGUGAAAAAUGCCCUACAGAGAACCUGGAAAAUGUGUGCACAUAUUCUGUUUAAAAAUUAA